UGUAAAUUUUGUUUUGAUCCAGCAAAUGAGAAUUUUUGUAGUUUUAUAUUUAAAAUUAACUGGAAGAUGCAGUAAAUGCUGCAAAAAUCAAUAGCAUACUAUUUUUUAUAAUCACAAAGCGUUUCGCUAAAACUCUUCUUAUCCUAACUUCGCAAUGGCAGAACAGGAAGCUGUUAAUAAUAGUGAUACAGAGACAGAAAGCACUGAGGACGAAAUUGAACCCAAAUUUAAAUACCAACGCAUUGCUAAUGACCUGAGAAAAGUUUUAAACUCCGACGUUGUCACCUGUAGUGCGGUGCACCCAAAGUUUUUGAUAUUUGGAACUUUUUUGGGGCGUGUCUAUAUAUUCGAUCAUCAAGGCAAUUCGGUAACGUCACAUCUUUCAGAUGGACCGAAUGAUUUUUCACAUACUGUUGCUGUCAAUCAUAUUGAUGUAGAUGCAAAAGCAGAAUAUGUGGCCACCUGCUCGGAUGACGGAAAGGUGAAUAUUACUGGUUUAUUUAGCGAUGAAAACAAUCAAAAUCUAAAAUUUGGGAAAUCGAUAAAAGCUGUAGCUCUUGAUCCAGAUCCCAAGGCAGUAGCUGGUAAAAGAUUUGUCGUUGGUGACGAUAAGCUUACGUUGUAUGAAAGAAAUUUUUUGAAAAAAUUAAAAACAACCGUACUAUCCAGCGCCGAAGGUUAUGUAUUAUCUGUUUGUUGGAAUGAUUCCUUUGUCGCUUGGGCAAGCUAUCUCGGUGUGCGUGUCUAUGAUCUGAAUGAAAAGUGCUCGCUUGGUCUCAUGAAAUGGGAAGAGCCUGUCAACGCACGUUUAGAGAAUUUCCGCUGCAAUUUUCGUUGGUCAAAUGCUACUACAUUACUGAUUGGUUGGGUCGAUACCAUAAGAAUUUGUGUUAUACGUAAACGAAAUUCAAUAGAAGUGGCUUCCAGAGACUUACCUGGUUUUAUAGUUGAUCCAAUAUCAACAUUUCAAACCACAUUUUAUAUUUCUGGCCUAGCACCACUCACCUCCAAUCAAUUGGUUGUGCUGGGCUGUCCAAAAGAGAAAGAUGCAGAACGAAAGUCGUUGCGGCCCGUAUUAUGUGUUAUGGAAUAUAAAUUAAAUAGUAGUGAAGAAAUUUGCACCGAUAGUCUCUCAUUGCGUGGUUAUCAAGAAUAUACCGUCAAUGAUUAUAGUUUAGGCUGUAUUAUAGAAGAAAACCGAUACUUCAUUGUCGCACCAAAGGAUAUUGUCGUGGCUAGUUUAUACGAAACGGAUGAUAGAGUUAAAUGGCUAGUUGACCAUCGAAAAUUCGAGGAAGCAAUGGAAGUGAUAUCCACACACGGCGGCAGUUGGUCGUUGCUAUCAGUGGCCAAGUUAUAUAUAAAUCAUUUAUUGGCGUUGAAUCAGUUCGACGAUGCUGCGAAGUUAUGUUUACGUGUUUUGGGCAAUAAAAAAUCGUUAUGGGAAGAGGAAGUAUUCAAAUUCUUUGAACGUCAUCAGUUACGUUCGGUUAGCGCCUAUCUACCUACCUCCGAUGACUGUAAACUUGAUCCGCAUAUUUACGAGUUGGUAUUAUAUGAAUAUUUGAAGCAUGAUGCCAAGGGAUUUUUGAACCUUAUUAAAGAGUGGCCAUCAAACUUAUACGAUUGUGCGGCAGUCAUUAAUGCAAUACACGACAAUUUCCGUAAACAAAAUGCGAAUGAAUUGUUGGAAGCAUUGGCCAUACUCUAUUUGCAUCAGCGCGAUUAUGAGAGUGCGUUGCGAAUGUAUUUGAAACUACAAAAUGAAGAUGUUUUUGAAAUGAUACGUCGUUAUGAUCUUUAUGAUGCAAUACACAAAAUGAUUAUACCACUUAUACAGCUGAAUCGUGAGCGUGCCUUUAAAGUUUUAUUCGAAAGGAAUAAAAUUUCACCGGAAAUUGUGGUGCAGCAAUUGGAGCAAAAUCAAGAGUAUUUAUAUUGGUAUUUGGAUGCUUUAGACAAGGUGGAUAAAAGCGGUAAAUACCAUUGGAAAUUGGUAAAUCUCUAUGCAAAAUACGAGCCGGAAAAGUUAUUACCAUUUCUAAAACGUUCCAAUCACUAUCCAAUGCAAGAAGCUUUGGAUGUUUGCAAACGCGAAUUAUUCUAUCCUGAGAUGGUAUACCUGUUGGGUCAAAUGGGCAAUACUAUAGAGGCCUUAAACAUAAUUAUUGAAAAGAUCCAAGACAUUGAAAUGGCUAUUGAGUUUUGUAAAGAGCACAAUGAUUCGGAUUUGUGGAAUAUACUGAUAGAUGAGUCAGUUAAAGAGCCUACCAUUGUACUCAAGCUGUUGAGUGGCAUUGUUGACUACGUCGAUCCGGUUGCUGUUGUUGAGAAAAUCAAACUUGGUCAAAAUAUUCCCGGCUUGCGCGACGCCGUCGUCAAACUUUUAUGGGACUAUCGUUUGCAGGUUAAAAUUCGCAAGAGUGCACAAAAAAUUCAAUGGGAGUUUUAUUAUGAGCGUCAUGCCAGAGUAGUGAAAAGACAAAAUCGUGGACGUUGCAUUCCCUCGUCAGAGCGUUGUUUGAAAUGUAAUCGUCCUCUCAUUAGCAUGAAUGAACAUAUUCCACCACUUAAUGAUGUUGUCGCAUUCCUAUGUGGUCAUGUGUACCAUACAAACUGUGUGCCUGGUGGGCCUGACAAUGAGCACUGCGAACUUUGUAAUCCUAGUGACUUUAACAAAGAAGAGGGCUUUGCACUGCUUUUAGAAUAGAACAUUUUCACAAAAAAUAAUGUUUUUUCAAAGCCAUUGGGUUGAUAAUUAAACGAAAACACCAAAAGCGCUGAAUUUAUUUAAAAAGACUACGACUAUAAUAAUUAACAAUUAAUACUAGUUUUUUAACGCAAUAUUCGAAAGAGAACCUUCCUACUGAAUUUAAGCCAAAAAGUGUAAAUUCUGCACAAUGUAUUAUAUUCUUGCUGCAAGCCUUGUUAACCUGACCCAUUUCUAUUAAUUUUUGCCCACAACACUACAAUAGAGCAUACAUAUUGUAAAUAUAUGCAAUUUUUUUAUUAUUAUUCCUACGAAUUAUUUUUUUAAAUAAAGCUUUUUAUAUGCAA